AUGGAAGCUGGCCGGAGACUCUCCAGAACUUCGGAGGGAGUACUCGUUAGAGACUCCCCUCCCUCUCCACGUCCAUGCUUCACCUCAGGCGGACGGCAGCGGAAAUUGCGAAAGGUGACGCGAGCCUGCGAUGCCUGCAAGUCGAAGAAGAAAGCGUGCACUGGGACGAUCCCCUGCGCACCCUGUGUUCGACGGAAAUUGGCCUGCACCUACAACACCACCUAUCAACGCGGUGUCGCUGUGACCCCUCCCCCAUCUAGCUCGCGGCCAAGACACGAUUCCCCAAACCCAACUCCUCAGCAAACUGUGCUUGAGACAGAGAGUGAAUCGACGCCACCAUAUGCGCCGCAGCCGUCAGAGCAGCGGGCCACAGCAGAGGUCGUCGACCAAUACUGGGGUCCUACUUCAGCUCAUUCAUUUCUCGGAUGGGCAGUCCGUGAUCUCCCAGCUACUCCGUCGGAUAUCGCGCAAGCGAGUGGGCGAGAUCGAGAUCGCACCUCCAAGACGUCUAUAUUCCACUUUGGGGACCGGGUCGCUCCAGAAGUCCAGUUGGGUGAUUUUGAAUGGCCGGACAGAGCAGAAGCAGAAGCCCUCGCUCGCCGUUACUUUGACUUCGCUUGUCCGACGUACAGAACACUACACCAGCCAACGAUUGAAAGGGAAAUUCGUGAGCUAUACAGAGAGGAUACACAAUUUGAUGGCGGCCGUUCUGUGCGCGAACAGUCCUCCGCCUCUCAUGCGGUGCUCUUGAUGGUUUUCAGCACUGCGACCAUGUUUCGUUCAGACGCUAACGGCCGUAUAACGGACGCGGACGAUGCUUGUUGGAAAACUAGCGAGCUCUACUUUGCCAAAGCCGAGCAGCUUUUAUCCCAGGAAAUAGGUGAACCUAGGCUUGAGUCGGCACAGGCCCGAUUUCUCAUAGUGCUGUAUCUGUUGAGCUCUUCGCGUGCGAACAAAGCUUGGUUUACACUGGGUACCACAAUUCAACUAAUGAUGGCACUUGGGCUACACAGCAGGCGCUCGAGAAAGGAUGAUGAGAAGGAUCUAGUACAAAGAGAAUGCCGGCGUCGGAUCCUUUGGUGUUCAUACACCCUCGACAAAUACAUCAGUGUCAUUUUAGGAAGACCACGUUUGUGGCAUGACGAGGAUCUGGAUGAGGAGCUCCCCGCAAGAGUUAAUGACACCGAUCUCUUGCCUACACCAAUCCCUUCUCCUAAGCGGGACUGUGUGAUGGAUGCUCCAGUGUUCCAUGCUCUGCUAGCUCGAACGCUAUCUCAAGCCGCCAAGGAACCUUAUGUGGUAGCGGGCAUAUCCCACAGAGAUCAAUUGAAUACAAUCGGAGCCUUGUGCAAGAGCGUCGCCGAGUGGCAUGCUAGACUGCCACCUCUUUUGAGCGGGAGUAUCCAUCCCAGCAGUCUCGUUCCGAUAUUCCAGCGCCAGCUUACAGUUUUGCAGCUGGCACGUUACCACCUCCUCAUGUUUAUUACCCGACCCCUACUACUGCGAAACUACGGGAGAACAUGGCCGGACUGCGAAGCCAGCUACGUACACCAUCUGGGAGUGUGUCUAACGGCAGCCCGAGACGCAGUCGAAAUGGUGCUCACCUUUGUUCGCGAAAAUCAACUAUUCCAUGCAUUCUGGUACUCACAGUAUAUCGCAUUCAACGCUCUCUCCAUCAUCUAUAUCUAUCUUAUCCAGGUGCGGCGAGGAAGAAUACCUCAAAUCAGCGGCAGCUUCAUCUACGAGGCGUACUCGUUUUCUCUAGACGAGCCAACUCUCUACCGAUUAUCUGAGACGGCUCAGCACCAUCUGGCAGAUGCAACUUCCCGAAAUUCACCCUCGUGGAAAUACAGCGCUAUCCUGCAGGGCCUCCGCCGAGAGUUAGAGCGCCUAGGCUUAAGGCCACCUUUUGCUGAAGCUUCCCGUGAACAUACGGAACCGACCAGUGUUUCAAAUAUGGCUGCAGUUCCGAAUGAUGACGAGUUGCCAAUGACUGAAAACUCAAGAUAUGGCCAUAUACGGGAUCCAGAGCACAUGGCGCCAGAUUCUUCUCUGGCAGAGCCGGACGGAAAUUACAUGCAAAUCCCAGGAAUACAUCGCUCGAACGAACAAUACUUUGUGGACCCACGCACUGAGUACUUGUUUGAUAGUUUUGCGACGGACAAGGACUUGAUGCUUGACUUUUGGCCGCAGUUGGACAGCUUGCCCAUAGCCUACAUGGGAUGA